AUUCGGGGGUGUUUUGGAAGAAGCAAAAGCCAGAGGCUGUGUCCUCUGUAACAUUACCUACCUGCCUGUUCCUCCAAAGUCUCACUCCUCUCCCACUCUCCUCUCUGAGCUGGAGUGGAUAGCGUCUGAACUCGGCUGCUAAACGCUCUUUACCAUUGGAGUGCAUCUAUUUGGGGCUGUUUGUCACACAAAGAGAACAUAUUUAGAGAAAUGCUCGGUAAUCAACGGCAGCUGAGCGACUGCAGGCGGUGCACAUAGCGAAUCUGGGAAGAGUGAAGUUGGAGGGAGAGCUGCUGAGAGGAACAGGUGGAGCACUGGCAUCAGUAACUUCAGCACUUCAGCAUAUUUACUUCCAAGAGGCCCAGGUGAUUGCCCAGACGCUCGAAUGCAUUUAUCGCUGGAUACCAUGAGCAUGGUGGACGACAGCUGCCUCUCGCCCAGCAAUUUCCACGAACUGGGUAAAGGUGGGGGCGUUGCAGUGGGAGGCCGUGUCCACAGCAUCGAUGUCAUCCUGGGUUUCAGCAAAGAGCAGGACCCCUUGCUAAGUCCCGCCACGGCCCCCGGACCCCACAAAGUGACCAUAGACGGCCUGGCUGAGACCGGGAAGCAGCAGGAGCCCUCGUCGCACCCGUCCUACAGCGGGCACCUUUCCUCUCUGAGAAGCAGCAGCGGCACAGAGCAGCAGCAGUACCACGACUCCAGCUUAUUUGCAAACAAAUGCGAUCAGGAACUGAGCGAGCUGAGGAAGAGUAUAGAGAGCGAUGAAGGCAAGUCUCCGGAGCCAAGCAAGGAUGAGCAGCCCAAGAAGAAACACAGGCGCAACCGCACCACCUUCACCACCUACCAGCUGCACGAGCUGGAGCGUGCCUUUGAAAAGUCCCAUUACCCAGACGUGUACAGCCGCGAGGAGCUCGCCAUGAAGGUGAACCUCCCCGAAGUCCGAGUUCAGGUCUGGUUUCAGAACCGCAGAGCUAAAUGGCGCCGGCAGGAAAAAAUGGACGCCAGCACCAUGAAGCUCCACGAUUCACCCAUGCUCUCUUUCAACCGUCCGGCACCAGUUCACACCGGCAUGGGUCCAAUGACCAACUCCCUCCCCUUGGAACCCUGGCUGACCUCUCCCCUGUCCAGUGCUACACCUGUACACAGUAUCCCAGGCUUCAUGGGUCCAGCUCAAGGCCUCCAGCCCAGCUACCCAAGCCACCAUUUCCUCAACUCCACCCCUCAUGCUCCUCACGGUCCUCAUGGUCCUCAUCCACACCCUCACACUCAUCCCCAUCCGUCCAUGGGUCAGGGGAUGCAGAGCAUGGCUCCUCCUCCUUAUCAGUGUCCAGCACCGUACCCUGAAAAGUACCCUUUGGAGGAUGUGGACCAGCGCAGCUCCAGUAUUGCUGCGCUGAGGAUGAAAGCCAAGGAACACAUCCAGUCUAUGGACAAGACCUGGCAACCCAUGUGACUAAUGAGCUCGGCGGUCGACCUGAGCAAUGCUGGAAGUGACACGUCACGUGCUACGCCACUAAGUGAAAGAAGCGGAUUCUGAACUGUGAAAGUUGAGGACGUAAGAAUUUUUUGGGGGGGGAGACUUUAUUUUCUUUUUUACUUCUUCCCCCUUAAAAAACAACUGAAACCUUCAGCGGGUCAAAAGUUUCCGAUAUUUUUGCUCGUCCAAUCUCUAGGUGUGUAUUGUUGCCUUGGGUUCGUUAAAAACAAAUAUCUUCUAGGUGAAAAAAAGCAAACAGUUUAUGACACCUAGAAGUAUUUACGAGUCACAAACAGGAUCUGAAUGCAUAUGUUUCAUGCCUGAUCCUUUGCUGCAGCUCUUUGGGUGCACCAACAGUGAAGACAUGCUAUACAUUAAAAACUGCCAAAAUGCAGGAAUUCUUAUUCAUCACUUUUCAUUUAUCGAAAUCAUUUGAGUCGAGCAAAAUAUCAUUCUCAUUCUUUACUUUUCUAAUUUUUUUCCUUACACCACAUUUGUGUUUUUUCUAAUUAGUCCAGCUGUCGAAUUUUGGGCCUGCUAAUCAGAGUCACAGGACUUUGUGAAUGAACCUUUGGUCUCUGUUUAAUGUGAAAUCGAGGCAUGAAGACACACUACAGUGUCACUGCUCAUCUCACUAAUCUGUUUAGUUAUAAAAGCUGUGUAGCUGGUUUUCGUUUUAU